UUCAGUCGUUGAUACGGAUUUCAGGAACCAUUUGGGUAUUUAGAUGAAAUAAUGUGAGUUUCAGUCGUGGUCGUAAAGGUAACGUUAGCUAUAUUUCGUCGAGGAUUUGAUGUUUUAGGUGAAUUAAUGUGAGUUUCAGUCAAUUUUCUUGAAAACGAGACCUGUCGCUAGCUAAUAAUGUGUAAUAAAGGGCGGUAAUAAUUGAUAGUUAGCUGGCUAACUAGUUAACGUUAUAUAUUAAUAUAUUUAGCCAAUGUAGUUAACGUGCAGUGUUAACUUAGUGUACUACAACGCACACUUGCCAGCUAGCUAAGGUUAUAUGGAGAAUAAAAUGAACAUUUAACGCUGUAUGGGCCAGCUAGCUAACUUUAUAUGUAGAAUGAAAUUGACAUUUAACGCUGUAUGGGCCAGCUAGCUAACGUUAUAUGUAGAAUGAAAUGGACAUUUAACGCUGUAUGGGCCAGCUAGCUAACGUUAUAUGUAGAAUGAAAUGGACAUUUAACGCUGUAUGGGCCAGCUAGCUAACGUUAUAUGUAGAAUGAAAUGGACAUUUAACGCUGUAUGGGCCAGCUGGCUAACGUUAUAUGUAGAAUGAAAUGGACAUUUAACGCUGUAUGGACCAGCUAGCUAACGUUAUAUGUAGAAUGAAAUGGUCAUUUAACGCUGUAUGGGCUCUACUGUAAGCAGGGUAACUAUGUGGUCCACUGUGUAUUGCUGUCAACAAAUAACAACAUGUGUGUAUGUGUGUGAAUAACCUCUCUUAAUGAAAGGAAGAAUGGAUUACGUUCACACCCCUGCUUUCCGCUUGGAGCCCUCUGGUGCCCUCACCCUGAGGGCAUCUGAAGAGGCUGCCAGGGUUGCCAGGACCAUCCAGGAGGAAGAGUGUACAGGUGUAGUCCGGGUGCUGAAGCCACGACAAGUGAAGGAGAAGGCAAAGGCUUGUGUGGUAGCCAGAGGGGGUGACCCGGAUGAUAGCCGACUGGUGGACAGUGAGAGUGCCAUCCAGUUCGGCAAAUACCGGGGUCAAACCUUCAAGUGGCUGCUAAGCCACGAUGUCGGCUAUGCCGUCAAGGCCUUGGCUUCUCACCAGCAAGAGAGGGAGAUGGGGGACACAAAUACGUCUUCUGAAAUGGCCAACAAGGACCGGUUUGACUGGUAUACCAACCUGUUUCCUGAGGUCCAGAAGGCAGUGGAGGAACGCAGGGUACGGGACGGGACCUUGCCCCCCCGACCUGACCAGGAGGACACAGCAACAGCUUUAGCGCCUCCUAAUCCAUCUGCCGAGCCAUCAGAUCAGGAGUUGCUGUCUAUCUGCGUGGGUUUUGACCAAGGUACUCUAUGUUAUGGCACGUUAUUGUUUAUUUCUGUUGAGAAGAAUAUACAUAUGAAAUGACCUUUCCCCUAAUAACUAUGUGUUGUUGUUAGCAUUAACAGGAUACACUUUAAAGUGGUAAGGUAAGUGGUCAAAUUGUUAAAACACCUCCUAGCUGGGCUUAGAAAUCACUGUAGAAUUUCUCAUUUUUGCAUCCAUUUUGCUUGCCAUAGAAAAAUCCUUCCUCAUCUUUUUGUGGAAUGAAUUGUUUACUGUAGCUUGUCUUGUCACCAUUCCAACCUGUAUUUCAGUCUGCAUCACUUUGAUUGGCCUAUUCCUUGCUUGUAGAUGUCUACCCACUAUACAUCUGUUGUUUGUAUCUUUUAAAUGUAGAUUGUGUUUAACCUAGAUUCCUAACCUCUACCACUGAAAACACUGAUCAAAACUAAACCAAAGUGCAUUGGCUGUCAACAGGCUGUUAACAUGUUUUGAAGCUGAAGCUCUAUUCUAAUUGAAUUAUUUCACUUAUUUCUCUGAAAUAUUUUGUGAGACUAACUCCUGUGCUCCUGUAGCAGUUCCUACUGCUCCCACCCCCACCGCACCCCCUGCUGUGCUAGCUCCUCCUGCUCCCACUCCCACCGCGCCCCCUGCUGUGCUAGCUCCUACUGCCCCUCCUCAGCUCCAGUCAACCUCCCAGCCAACAGCUGGACCACUACAGCCUGCUGCUGACGCUCAGGUGCUUCUCCCUGAGGGAUGGAAGCAGACCCUCCCAAAGGAGCAGCAAGAGUGGGUCAGUCAGGCCAUUUUCAUCAGGAACAAGCAGCUCAAAUGUGUCCUGAAAAGCCAGCUUGAGCUGUGGUACUUCCCUCCUCUGCCUCCUAACAUCAGCCAUCAGCCUCCAGCUUCUCCCUCCGCCUACUUCCUCCGGCCAUUCUGCCUCUGGAUGCCCUACCGCCUUUGGGCCUUUAAGUUUGUGUGCACCCAGCCACGGUGCAAGCGUCAAAAGCUCACAGGCUGUGGGGUGUACAAGACAGUCCGGAGGGUGCUUGACAUGGACGGCUGGUAUUUUAUGGGGACAGAGUACCUGGAGUGCCGCCUCUGUAAGAAGAAGCUAGCAGGAUGGUCGCUGGAUAUCUUGGACCAGCUGGACGCAAGUCAUCGCUCCAUUUUCCCAGCCAUCUUGACUUACAGGCUGUCCUGUGACCUGAAGGUGGUCAGGCUGAUGAGAGAGAGGACACUGGGGAACAGUGCGACCAGGCUGUACAACCAGCUGAGGGAGCAGCACAGCCUGACCUGGAUGAGUCGGACCCUGUACUACCUGUCCGUCUGUGACCACUUUGUAGUCCCAGGUGCCGCACCACUGAGGGUAACACCUCCUCCUCCCUUUUUGGAUGUUCCCUCAGCCCAGUGGCUGCUGACUGUCCACGGCUACGACGUUCUGUUCCAGCUGGAGGAUUUCAAGGCCAGAGUCACCUCCAUCUUUGGGUCCAUCCUGAAGAUGGAUUCAACCAAGAAGGUGACCAAGAAACUAGCUGGGGCAGCACACGGGACAGCAGCGUGGGCCACAAAUGUGGGCAAUGAGUACGGCCAGGUGCUCAUUACGGUCCUCACUGACAGCGAAGGAGAGGGCCUGCUCGACAUGGCAGCUGGCCUCCAGCAGCGCUACAGUAGAGCUGGAGUGGCACCUCCCAAGCUGCUCUAUGUCACCCGGGACUGCUGCGCCCUGAUGGGAAAGGGGAAGACGGCAGCCAUGUUCAGCCAGUGGGAUGAACUCAUCGUCCGGCUGGAUGUGGGGCACCUCAUACGUCGCUUUGCUCGGGGAGUGACAACAGAGAGCCAUCCUCUGUAUGCUCUCUUUUUGCGGCGGCUCUCCUCCUGCAUGUUGGUGUGGUGUGCAGAGGAUGUGGAGCGCCUGCUGGAGGCCAAGCGAGGUGAGCUCAAGGAGAGCCACAUCACGGGGCUCAGUGACGCACAGGUGAUGAAGAGGAUCAGCCUGAAGGAGAUGGCUCGGCACUGUCGUCGCCGCACGCGCGGGGCGGAGGAGACCGAGCGUCUCAUCGGGGAGCUCCUGGAGACCUUCAUCGAUGCCACAGACACCCUGGGCGUCCGGCUCCUGGACCGUGACCGAAUGCAGGCCAUCUGGCAGACCCAGAGACGACACCUGGUCUGUAUUCAGGACCCCCCUGGUGUCAGCAUCUACACCAAAAAGGGCAAGGACGUGACCAAGGGAGGGGUCAUCCUGCCUGUGUUGCGUUGCGCCCGUGAGUCCACCUCCCUGGAGUCUUUCCACCUCCACCUCAACUGCUUCAUUCCUGGAACAAGUGCGUCUGCCGAGCACUUUCAGGCCUAUCUCCUUGAAGGGUUGGUUCGGUGGAAUGAGGACCGUGCCGAAGCUGCAGCGGAGGGGGGGGGGCAGAAGCAGACCCUGCACUGCUAUGAUGGUGUAGCCCAGCACGCCAUCAAUGAGCUGAGCCAGAAGCUCCUGGGCCGCAGUCUUGUGAAGGAUCACACAAGGCCUGCAAAGUACACUGGGGAACUCAUUGGGGUCGAGUAUCUCUUCUCCCAGACCCAUGGUGACCAGAGGUUGGAGUCCAACCUCGGUAAGGACCCGGAUGUCCCAGACGGGACACCUGAUCUAUUUGAGGGAGGAGAGGGAGAGGAGGAUGACCUGAGAGAGCUUGAGGAGGAGGAUGACCCCACCGUGUCCUUGUCCGACCUCGAUGACCAUCUCCCACCAGUCCCUCCACUCAGGAAGGCCGCUCCACCGCCCACUCAACCCAACCCAUCCCAGGUACCUGUCGUCACACCCCCUGAUGACACUAUGGAGGAGAUGGACACUGCACCAGCUGCCAGUCAGGACCCAGAGGAUGACGAGUACAUAGGACCUGAUGGGGUUAGUGGAUACCAGCACGUGGUCCUCCUGGCCAAGAGUCUGCUGAGGCUGCUGGAGGGGCCAUGGAUCUCUAAUAGGCAAAUAGAGGAGAUCAUGGCUCUCUGGGGAAAUCUUCCGGAGAGAGACAAGGCGGCAGUCUCCUACCCCGAGAGGUUCCGGGACCGAGUCCUGCAGGGGAGCUUCAACAAUUCAAAGAGCUCAACCGUGACGGGGGAAGAGAGUAUGAAGCGCUCCCUGCUUGGCCAAGGCUCUGGACCUGCUCAGUGGCCCAACACCAGCAGGACAGUGGAGGCCAUUUUUGUGGAGCUGUGCCACAAACACCCUGCUGGCAAGACGGUUCUUGGUAACCGGGUCAACAGGUGGGCUGCUAUCCUGGGGGACUACAGGAGAAUCAGGACCAUGGUGCUGAGCAGCCCAAACCUCAAUACCCACACAAGGCUGCAACUGUUCCAGGUCAACAAGCUGACCUUGACACAGUGGUACAACAAAUGGAUAUCUUCUAUGGAGAGAGUGGCCCUGCACCAGAACCGUGACAGCAUGACUGCAGAGAGGGAGGAGUCAGGCCCCUUCCACACUGCAGUCUGGAGCACUUCACCGCUGCCAGCCCCAUCAACCAGCAGCACCUACCAGCUGCCAGAGGACAGAACGGGGCAGGCUACACAGCGUGGCAGAGCAGCCACUUGUCAGCCACUGCCACCUCUACCGCCACCCAGUCUGCCUACCACCUCCCUCCCUAUAACGCCAGUCUCCCAAGACCUGCCCUCGACCUCCACUCCUCUUCCCCCUCCUCCUGCUGGUGGACCCAAGGUCUCCAGGACCACUGAAUGGAGAAGGAAGAAGAAGCUGGAGUCUGGCAUUAAAGUCAGAGCGCACAAGCCAUACGAAGGCUAUAAGUGCUCUAAAUGUGGCAAGCCGAAAACUGCAGAGUUUGGACACAGUAUGUAUGAUUCUGUGAGAUUCUGUGCCGCUUCCUCUGGUGGCCAAACUGUGGAGGAGUGGCUGGCACUCAUGAGGGCCCAGCAUGGUGCUAGCCAAGGCCAGUAAACUCUGACUGACUGACUGAUUGGUGUGUCAAUUGUAAAGUAGUCUUUGUAGAUGUUCUUUGUUUUUUUUUAGUUUUUUUUUUAAACAUUCAUUGUUAAUCUCUUGUACAUUUAGCUCAUUUAAAGUCAUCUUAACUUGUACAGUAGGUGUGUCAAUUGUUAAGUAGUUUUUGUAGAUGUUCUUUGUUUAUUUAUUUUUUUAAACAUUCAUUGUUAAUCUCUUGUACAUUUAGCUCAUUUCAAAUCAUCUUAACUUGUACAGUAGGUGUAGGGGACAUUAUGCUGGGUUGUUUCACAUGUGACAUUCCCUGUGAAAUAAAUAAUAAUUGAAUGCAAGGA